UCUCUUCAUCAUUUCUAUAUCCCUUUUUUCUCUCGUUUUUCUUCCUUAUUAGGUCACUCCCCGUGGAUCCGGGACAAAAGCUCAGAGAUACCCAUUUCAUUUUGGUUUAAUUUGGCCGUCUGGCUCCUUGCAUAGAACAGACACCAUCAACUCGAUUAUUCGGUGUUCACACCUGCAACCACCCAACUUUCACAAAUCGCGAGACGAUUCGUCAACGCCGGCUGUCUUCGAGACACCACUUAUUAGUGGCUUUCUCUCCUGUGGAGACAUUGACUAUUGAGGGACCCCCCCCGGAGGACCGCCUGUCCUCAAUAUCCCUAGAUCGGAAUUCGAAGUGGGGAGGACAGUAUAAUAGAAGCAUGAAGAGCCCGACCCAUCGAUAACACCCACCUCUCUCGAUUCGCCCAACAUGAACCUACCGUUCAGCGUUCCCCGGCCCAACAUGCAGGCCUUUCGAGUCGACCGAACGGCCUCGGCGCGCAACCCCAACGCAGAGCGUGACGAGUUCGAUGACCGUCAGCCGCUAUCCCCUCGGCCCGGCGACCUCGAAGCCCAGGCCCCCGAGAUGGCAGAGCGGCCCCACCCGGCCUCCCGCUUCCUAGCCCGCCUCCCCCGGCCGACGAUGCCCUCGUUCCUCAGCAGCAACAGCAGCAGCGACCACCGUCGCUGGCGUGGAGUAUCCGGCUCGCCCCCGCGACCCCGCCCGAGCAGCAGCCACUACUCGGGCGAAGGGAACGGGGACGAGGACGAGGACGUCGAGUCGCCCAAGACCCCCCGCUUCACCCUCACGAUCCCCAACAUGCCGUCCACGCGCCUCCACCUCCCCAACCUCACGCGCACCUGGACCCAGGGCUCCAACGGCCCGCCCUCGAGGCCCGCCACCGCGCACGGCCGCCGCCCCUCCCGCUCCGACAGCAGCGGCGGGCGCUUCCCCGUCAGCGUGGCGGGGGUGGCGGAGCCGGCACCGGCGGUGACGACCACGAGGGGCGCCGCGGGACAGCAGCAGCACGCCCGGACGGACUCGCGGGCCCGGACGCGGUUCGACGGCGCCGACCCCGCGGAACUGCACCUCGCGGACCUGGCUGAGCAAGGGCGGCGGCGGCGGCGGAGGCGGGGCCACCACAGGCGGGAUGGGAGCGAUCGGUCGAGGGGGUCGCGGCGUAGUGAUGAGGACGGUGGUGGCGGGGAGGAGGAAGACGGCGGGGCGGGGGAGCAGGGGAGCAGGAGGAGGCGGCGGCAGAGGCAGAGGGAUCGGGCGCCGCCGCCUAAGCACUUCCUUUUCUGCUUCCCGUGGAUCAAGUCCCGGAGGAUCAGGUCGCAGAUCCUGAGGUGUUUUGUCUCGGGCCUGUUCCUGGCCCUGCUGUUGACAGUUUACCUGUCCCUCACGAUAACCAAGAACAUCACCAACAACGAGUUCACGGUGCUGCUGAUCCUCAUCAUCCUCUUCGUCACCAUCUUCUUCUGCCACGGCCUGAUCCGGCUGUGCAUGUUCAUCGUCAAGGGCCCACCGCCAGACGAAGGAUCGGGAUCGUCGUCUUCGCGCCGCCUGCGCGGGGCCAUGCUCCCCGAGAUGCUCGGCCCCGGCGGCUACGCGAUCCCGCGGCAGCCGAUCCGCGUCGUCCUCGCCCGCGACGAGGAGGCCGUCGGCAUCGAGAGCGAGGCCACAAAGUCUAACCCCCCGGCUUACGGCCUGUGGCGCGGGAGCGUGAGAGUCGACCCGAAUCGCAUCUACUGGAUGCGCAACGAGGAGUCGGCGACGGCGGAGACAAUCCCCGAGGCAACGGACAGCAACAGUAGCGGCAGUGGCAGCGGCGGCAGCAGCAACAGCAGCAACGACGGCAGCGGCAGUAGCAGCAGCACAGGCAACAGCAGCCGCGAUGACGAGCCACCGCGGCCGGCAACUGCGCGGCCGCCCUCGUACAUGUCCGACGACGGCGUCGAGUACGUCGUCGAGGCCCAGCCGCGGUUGAUCGUGCCCGCCGCGACGGAGGGUCCACCCGUGCCGCACCCGGCCGAGGUGGGGAGGGUGGGGCGGCCGUCGGCGUUUUGAGGACGUGGAAGUGGGGAAGGAGAGAGGGGGCGAAAGAGAGGAGAGGCUCUAGGAGUACGCCGGUUGCUACAUAUUUGCGUGUUGUGCUUUCCUUGAUAUCCAUCUGGGCCAGGCGUUGGGAGCGACUGUACUGUGUUACCGAG